GCGCGUGUCCAUUGAUCAGCUGACAUCAUAUGACAGACGCCGCCGACCCAGUAAGUCCACUCCACAGUUUUCUCUCCUGCUCCUCACUGAUUCCACGCCCGGGUCCACAUUUCCGGUAUUUUGUAAGAAAUGACUAGUCUUGGCCACUUGGAGCAUGUUGCUGCUGUGCAGCGGGACUACAUCGCACAGCCACGUCUGUGCUACAAGACUGUGACUGGCGUCAAUGGCCCGCUGGUGAUCCUUGACGAUGUCAAGUUUCCCAAGUUUGCCGAGAUCGUUAAUCUCCAUCUGGCCGAUGGCACUGAGCGUAAGGGACAGGUGCUGGAGGUCAGCGGCGCCAAGGCUGUGGUUCAGGUGUUUGAGGGCACAUCAGGUGUGGAUGCCAAGCAUACCAUCUGUGAGUUCACUGGUGACAUUCUGAGGACACCUGUGUCUGAGGACAUGUUGGGCCGUGUGUUCAACGGGUCCGGCAAGCCCAUCGACCAGGGCCCCUCUGUGCUCGCUGAGGACUUCCUUGACAUCCAGGGUCAGCCCAUCAACCCAUGGUCCAGGACAUACCCUGAGGAGAUGAUCCAGACUGGUAUCUCUUCCAUUGAUGUCAUGAACUCCAUUGCCAGAGGUCAGAAGAUUCCCAUUUUCUCCGCUGCCGGUCUCCCUCACAAUGAAAUCGCUGCCCAGAUCUGUCGUCAGGCAGGUCUCGUCAGUCUGCACAGCAAGGGUGUGCUCGACGACCACAAGGACAACUUUGCCAUUGUGUUCGCUGCUAUGGGUGUCAACAUGGAAACCGCCCGAUUCUUCAAGCAGGACUUUGAGGAGAAUGGCUCCAUGGAGAAUGUGUGCCUCUUCCUGAAUCUGGCCAAUGACCCCACCAUUGAGCGUAUCAUCACCCCCCGUCUUGCCCUCACCACCGCCGAGUACCUCGCCUACCAGUGUGAGAAGCACGUCCUCAUCAUCCUCACAGACAUGUCUUCCUAUGCUGAGGCUCUUCGUGAGGUGUCUGCUGCCCGAGAGGAGGUGCCCGGCCGUCGUGGUUUCCCUGGUUACAUGUACACCGAUUUGGCCACCAUCUACGAGCGUGCCGGCAGGGUGGAGGGCCGAUCGGGCUCCAUCACACAGAUCCCCAUCCUUACCAUGCCCAACGACGAUAUCACUCAUCCCAUCCCUGAUCUUACUGGCUACAUUACUGAGGGCCAAAUCUACGUGGAGCGUCAACUGCACAAUCGUCAGAUCUACCCUCCCAUCAACGUGCUGCCUUCCCUCUCCCGACUCAUGAAGUCCGCCAUUGGUGAGGGCAUGACUCGUAAAGACCACUCUGAUGUGUCCAACCAGCUCUACGCCUGCUAUGCCAUUGCCAAGGAUCUGCAAGCCAUGAAGGCUGUGGUGGGUGAAGAAGCUCUCACUCCUGAUGACUUGCUGUAUCUUGAGUUCCUGGGCAAGUUCGAGAAGACGUUCAUCUCGCAAGGUCCAUACAUGAAGCGCAGCAUCUUCGAGUCCCUGGACAUUGGGUGGCAGCUGCUUCGUAUCUUCCCCAAGGAGAUGCUGAAACGUAUCCCUGCCUCAACGCUGGCAGAGUUCUAUCCUCGAGACAGGCCACAGUAAAGGGGCAAAGGACCUUCUCCAGUAUUUCAGUGGGAGUUUUAAAUCAGCUGGUUGUAUGUCUUGUCCCAGGUGUCUUGUUGGUCAACAGUUGUUCCAAGACAUGACUAACAGCAUGUUGUAUGUGUGGAAUUGUAAUGUUGUAAGAUACUCAGAAACUUGACUUCUUGUGUCCAGUAGUAGAUGAAGUAGAAAGUGUAAUAAUGUUGCAGUUUUAUGUAUGUUUUUAUUUUUAAAUUACAGAGAUGAGCCUUGUUCUAUUUAUACAGAGUAUAUUUUAUUUAUUUUCGAUGUUGAAAUCAAAGAAAUUUAAGUGCCAGUGUUCAGGUGAAAGUUAUUAAGCAACUAGCAACUUCCAUUAAUGAGUUAUUUUUUUGAGCUGUAGACAAAGAAAAAUUAUUCAGGGAAGUAUCAAGUACUUAGUAGAAAUAUGUCUGUACUGUACCAAUACUGAUAGAGCCAACGUCUUGAAGCAUAAUGUCACAUCCUGUGUAAAUCAUUCACUCGUCAGUAUCAUCAUAGUUGAUAUUUAUUUGACAUGCUGGGCAAUCAUCCUGGGGGUACAUGGUGCAGGGAGAUGGGGCUUGCCUGUCUGGCCUAGAAAGCCCUGCAGCCUUAGCCCAGUUACCUAUUAAUUAUGGUGCGCUGUGAACACCUGCCCUUCAAGUUUUGUAUAGGUUGUAGACAUAUACUGUUGUUGCCAAGCACAAUUUGUUGUAGUUAGGUGCGGUUGUACAUAUACAUGUAGUGGAACAGUUGUGUGGUGAGCAUAAUGGUUUUGAGGGUGAGAAGAGUCAGUGUCUACAUUUGAUUGUUGAAAGAUAUAGUUUAUGUACAUUCCAGGGUGUUGAUGCAGCUGCAUUUAAUUGAGAGAUAAUGAUUUGUCCUAUCUGUUGUUCUGUUUAUAAUGUGUAUAAUGAACUCUAAAAGAUAGGGUCUCUUCUGGGUGGGUCAGUGUCUUAACCUGUUUAAACCCUGACUCAGUGGUAUUAAUAAAGUGUAUAGUAAAUGUC